UCACCUGCGCGACCGACCGAUGGGGCGUACAGUCACAGACGCUCGGUCCACCACCGUAACAUUAGGGUGAAUUCGGAUGUGCACUUGUUGACGGAUCGACGAAAAUGUCGUCUGCUAGAGUUCCACCGUCGCAGCAGCAGCAGCAGCCAGAAUUUUACGGUCCAGACACGCCAACGUUCGAUCUGAGCUGGGACUACAACUACGACACUACACUGGCCGCACCACCGAACAAUGUGCCACCCGUCGUGCAUAGUGGCGAGAACCGAAUCAUCACCGCUCAACCACAGUCUCAGCAACCGAGGGAUCGUGAUGGUGUCAGUCUACGGAUACAAACGGCUCAACAAUCGGGUGACCAUAUACGGUCCGUCAACAGCCCAUUUCUGACGCCAUUCUCACCGAGAGCGGGACUUGACUUCCUGUACGGGUUGCCGUCCGUGUUUAUACAGCAGAGUUACGAGCUUAAUGAAUUACUUUCGGGCGUUGCGUCGGAAAACCGAUUCACCGUCCGAGGACCCUCCAACGAAGCGCUGUACGGUGCGUCCGAAACGUCCGACCCGAAGGAUCGGUUCUGGGGCUCGUUGCGACCGUUCAGUCUCUCGCUGGUCGAUCGUAGCCAUCAGGAGGUGCUGUUGUUUAAGAAAAAUCUCGGCUGUGGUGUGUUUUGCUGCUUCUGCAAGAACCAAUUCCUGGAGGUGUGGGCCAAUCCGGGUGAGCUGAUCGGUUGCAUACAGCAGGACUAUGGCAUACUGUCGCAGGAGAUUGUGCUGCUGAACAGUGAUAUUAACACGAUGUUCCGCAUACCGAUACCGUUCGUGAAUGCGAUCCGGAUGCCGAAGGAAACCCACUUCCGGAUACUGGACCGUGAUCGGAUGACACAGAAGGGUACGAUUACGCGCGCUUGGAACGUGAAUACGGCGAGCUACACGAACAACAUCUACUAUUCGGAUCCGACGAUGGACGUCAAGUUUAAGGCGUUGUUCAUUGCGGCUGCUUUUAUGCUGGAAUAUCUGUACUUCCAGUCGAAUUGCUGUUAACGCGAUUCGUCGUGCUCAUCGCCAAGACCCAAUAGCAGACAGAAACUACAGGGCAACGUAUUAUCUAAUUGCGAAGGUUACCAUAAUUAUAAUUUACAUCAUUGGUUUACAUAAGAAAUAAAUAUACAAAGUAAUGGAUGGUGCAAACAUAAA